CACUUAUAACCAAUUACAUCCACGUGCACAGUGGGAAUCGACGUUCGCGAUAACCCUCGAUAACGGCCCGUAGAGCACAAGCUACUAAUAUAUAUACCAGUACUUACACUCUACCUCAUAGACACCCAGUUUGAACGCAAUGGCGAACAACCUUCUUCAAAGUCCACAUGCAAGUGCCGUCCCUUUUUCUCGGCCCCCGACUCCCAGAGUACACCCUCUUCAAGUCGGCUUCUGUGGCCUUGGGUCUAUGGGCUACUUCAUGGCCCGAAAUCUAGCUACCUCCUUUAAAUCUCAACUACCGCCUCUCAUCGUGUACAACAGGACUGUGGAAAAGUCUCAAAAGCUCCUCGCAGAACUUGGCGCAUCCACCGUCAAAGUCGUUAACACUCUCGAUCAGCUGGUUACAGAGUGCGAUAUUAUUUUCACUAAUCUCGCGAACGACGCCGUAGUAACGAGUAUCUAUAACGAGUUUGCGAAGGCUCUUGCCCAAUCACCUCCGGCCAAGGUCAAAAUCUUUGUUGAGAUGAGCACGAUUUACCCAUCGUUGGCCGGCGAUCUUGACAGACUGCUGUCAAGCUAUCCGCAUACCCACUUUGUCACUUCACCUAUCUUUGGACCUCCCCCAGGGGCAGAUAAGGCCACACUUGUUAUUGCCAUGAGCGGAGACUACCGAUCCAAGAAGGAAGUCGCCUUUCUCCUUGUCCCUGCAGUGGGCCGCAAGGUGAUCGACCUCGGAGGAAAUGUAGAAAAAGCUCCGACACUGAAGUUGAUCGGUAAUGGUAUGAUCCUGGGUAUGAAUGAGCUUCUCGCCGAAACUCUGACGCUCGGAGAAAAGUCUGGCAUCGGACAGCAGACCGUAUAUGAUCUGGUUAAGGAAAUCAUGCCGGCACCAGGUUUAGUGGCCUAUGGUCACAAGAUGGUCAACGAUUUGUUUGACGGCUCCGUAGGUUUUGCCUUGGAUGGUGGAAUAAAAGAUGCCAAUCACAUCCGCCGCCUGUCUGCGGAGCUGAACUGCCCGAUGCCUGCAGUUGAUAACGCGCAUCGUUCCCUGAUCGGCGCCCGGGCGAUGCACCAGGCACAAAUAGUUGCAGGGACACAGCAGUGGGACGUCUUAGACUGGAGUUCAUUGAUUGCAAGCAGCCGAGUUGCUGCUGGGUUGAAUCCAUUCGACAGCAAGAAGGGAACAGGAGUUACACGAGAUGACGAAUGAGCACCAAAUCAUCUCGGGCAUUAAAAGUCGAGGUAGAAAUGUAACCCUAGAAGCAUCGACGAAAUGCAAAACCGCUCUUCAUCAGUUGGUCAUGGGACUAGAAAUACCUGCAGACGACAGAGCCAUACAUUCAUCUUCACUCAGGGAAAGAGUAUGUCUGCUGUGCCAGGGGUUCCGUCUAUCAUCGGUCAAUUCAUUCAAGUAAACCUGGACGAAUGCAGCGGUUCGACUCGACCGAUCAAGAUGUCCACCUUAUGAGCUGCAGGUAAUAUGAUCAUGCAUGUUCUAUGCAACAAGAAAAUGAUAGCCCGAAUGAGUCGAAUAGGGGUAUCAUCUUC